CGGGUGAAAGCCUCAUGGAAGAAGCGAACGGGUCGGUGCCCGAAGGAGGGGAGCCGGAGGGGAACCAGAGCCCGGCUCCCCGCGAGGAAGGCGUGAGGAAGAAAAAGAAAGAGCUGAAAAUCGUGAUCGUGGGCGACGGGGGCUGCGGGAAAACGUCCCUGCUUCAGGUCUACGCCGAAGGCACGUUCCCUGAGCAAUACGCUCCUUCAGUGUUUGAGAAAUACACCACCAGCGUCACAGUGGGAAAGAAAGAAGUAAUCCUGCAUCUAUAUGACACUGCAGGACAGGAGGAUUAUGAUCGCCUACGGCCACUGUCAUAUCAGAACACGAACGUGGUUUUAAUUUGUUACGACGUCAUGAACCCUACUAGCUUUGACAAUGUGUUAAUUAAGUGGUCUCACGAGGUGAACCACUUCUGCCGUGGAACUCCUGUCGUGCUCGUGGGCUGCAAAACGGAUCUGCGGAAGGACAAAGAACAUCUAAGGAAGCUCCGUUCUGCUCAGCAAGAGCCGAUUACGUAUAGCCAGGGUGAAGAAGUUUGCCAGCAGAUGAAUGCAGACAUUUACCUGGAGUGUUCUGCAAAGUUUCGGGAAAACAUUGAAUCGGUUUUUAGAGAAGCGGCUAGCAUCGCCCUGAACGCUAUGAAAAAGGCUAAGCAUCAGACAAAAUCAAGAAGGUGUGCCAUAUUAUAAUAAUCUGGACAUUAUAUGGACCUACAGAAAUCUACCUUGGCUAGUAAGAAAAGCCAUAGUUAUUUAAAAACAAGUUCAAGACUGGACUGGACUUUCAGAGAUCAGAUUUAUUUCCAUACAGGAAUUCCUGCUCUACUUACAUUUAAUUCGCCAAACGGCAGAAUGAAAUCUUAUGCUUUUAGCAAAUGGGAAACAUUCUCAGGGUUUUGUUUUAACUUCCACUUGUGAGAAGAGUAGAAUUUUAGUAUUAUGAAAAAGAUGUCUGCUAGAAUAGAGCAUUGUUGUUUCUGUAAUUCUCACAUUCCUGCUUUGCUCAUUUUUUAAAAGACAGAAAUAAUCUGUUGCCAUUGGAACAACUGUAGAAUUUGCACAAGAAAACAUUCAACACUCCUGUUUAUGGCAGUGUUAAGACAUUAUUUGAGAGAGGCCAGAAUCCUCCUUUAACUACCCUGUGCCAGAGCAAAAACUGCCAAGAUGUAUGUUUAUCAAGAUUCCAGGAACAAAGUACAUCUUUUGCUGAGUAACUCAUUACUCAGCUUCAAUUAUUUCUCCUGUGAGCACUGGAUUCUGUAAUAAUAGUAAUGUUAAAACAGCUGUGAACCUGUAUGACAGACUGUUCUAAUUGAUCAUUUGUGAACUAUAUACGCAGAUUUUUGUUAAAACUCCACAUCAUUUUCAGUAACUACCUCAACAUAGGCUCUGAUAAGUACGGUUCUGCUUACCUGGAAAGCAAAUUCUGUGUGAAAACUGAAUUGUUUACUCUUUUUUUAAAUACCAGACUUCUGAGCAUUUGUCCUAAGAGAGCAGAAGCUAUACCCCGAUUGGUAAUGGUUCAUUGUGGUUUGGUAUGAAUGAGAGCAUAGCGUACUGCAGUUUCCACCCAAAACCACACUGGUGAGGAAAUCUUCAAGAUUCUUCUGCCAAAAAUAAAAGAGAUGCAUUUUUCUUGCUGAGCUUCUUUUUCUGGGGCUGUUUCUUCUCAGGGAGCUAAUGGAUGGCUGAGUUAAGCAGCCAACGAGAGGCUGUAACCAAUAAAUUAAUUUCCACUGAUAAACACAGUAGAGCUAACCACCACCCACUACAAUGAGCUGAGUCAAAAAAUAAACCCGCCUGAUGGGGAGAACAGAAAAGCAGACGUUUCGAAUUAAACCUUACGUCAUAUGGAUGCAGGGGGAAGACAAAUGUAAUCAGGACUGAAUCAGUUAUGACAUGGAGAACAAAAUGCUAUGCCUGCAGGUUUGAAAUGAGAUCUUUAUACAAAGGACCAGAUCUAACAGGUUAUCAAAUAACAGCGCUACUCAUGGGAGAGAGAAAUCUUUUCCACGUUCUGUAUUCCCCAAGAAUAUUCUUCAACAAAGAAAGAGAGAAAAAGGUAAUGGGUGUUUCACUUGGAACCCUGGAUAAGACCGUUCUGUCUGCCAACUGACCUGUACAGGGCAAAGGUGAACUUUAGUUAAUAUCCUGAAUUCCCUGAAAGACUUCAGUCAGCAGAAUUUAUCCAAUGGCCAUGGUAGCAGGCAGAAAAAUCACUAGAAUAUUUAGGUUUGCUGCAUUGCAAUGAUAACCAAAGGCUUUGUCUCUGAAGUAGAGAGUCAAACUGUUUCAAGUGGGCAACUGUAGCACACAAUUCAUUGUCUGAUAGUUAUGCUAAAAUUAGCAUGUCAGUGGUUUUGCACUAUCUUUUCCACUUACUCUAAACACCAAGACAUAUGUACAUUCUUUAAAAAAAUAACUUCACUCUUGCCAUAUGUUUGAAAUUAGUUUCCAUCCUUUUUUAAAAACAAAAAACUUGGAAUUUCCUUGAAUUGAAUAUUUAAACCACACAACGUGAGUUAUUGUUUCAGUUCCCAUAUUUAUGAGUCAUAGAGGUCUUUAAAAGUGUUUUUUCUGUUACUAUAAAUCAAAUAUACAAGGAAAAUCAGAUCAUUUUCCUAAUUAGUUCGCUGGAAAAUUGUCUAAAUUCAAAAUUUUCUAGAAAAUGCUCACACUGGACAUGGAUGCCUGUCUCUCUGAAAGUCUUAGCUCUGCAGACAAUAUGAUCAACCAUUAACUAAUCAAACCACCUUCUUACCUGAGUGACCUCCCAAUUUGCACACUGAAUGGAGGCCUAAAUUAUUUUCCCUCUAUCAUCUUCUUAGAAUCUAAUUUGUUGACAACCAUCUCAACCUGAAAACUUUUAUUUUUGUAUACGGGAUAUUUUUAAAUGUUUACAUGCUUAAACUCUGUUUUGCAUCUUUGUUUUUAUAUUCUUUUAAUUUGUUACGUCUGUAGACUGCUUUUGGAAACAGUAUUUUGAAAAGUUGCCUAAACAUGAGAGAAAUAAAUGAAACUAAACACA